GGCCUCGCUAACUGGUGCCGAGCUUUGUCCAAGAUGGGGACAAGCAAAGAUGCAUCGAUAGGGAUCCUUAUACUGGUAGUCUGCUCUUACCGCUCCAUGGCUUCUCAACAUCUGGUAACAGAAUUUUUUCCACUUGAUACAACAAAGAUCAUUCCAGGCAGAGCAAAUAUUACAAGUCAUAAUCCUGCCCAUAAUGAUCACGUGUGCAGCUCCUGGGGAAACUACCACUUUAAGACCUUUGAUGGAGACGUUUACCAUUUCCCAGGACUCUGCAAUUAUGUCCUGGCUUCCGAUUGUUUAAGUGCUUAUGAGGAAUUCAACAUCCAGAUAAGACGUAUUGUUUUGAAUGGUCAUCCAAAAAUCAGUCAAAUUGUCAUGAAAAUAGAAGGAUUAGUUAUUGAAAUAAUUAAUUCAACCAUUGCAGUGGAUGAGACUAUGGUGACACUGCCAUACAGUCAGUCUGGUGUCAUGAUAGAACAAAUCAAUAUUUACACCCGGGUCACUGCAAAGAUUGGUCUGACUUUCACGUGGAAUGGAAACGAUGCCCUCAUGCUUGAACUGGGCAAAAAGUAUGAAAAUACAACAUGCGGCCUAUGUGGUGAUUUCAAUGGUAUCCCUGGGAAUGAGUUUGUUUCAAAUGGUUACCAUCUGACACCAGUCCAGUUUGGGAACCUGCAGAAGCUGAAUGGUCCAAUGGAGCAUUGUGAAGACAUUAGCCAAGACGCUGAUUGGGACAAAACAUGUUCACAUUUUAGAUCUGAGUGUGAAAUCCUACUCACGGGCAAAGCCUUUUCCAACUGCAACAUUCUGAUAGAUAUAGCACCUUUUAUUGAGAGUUGCAUGCAAGACAUGUGUCUUUGUUCAGAGGCAGACACUUUAUCAUUCUGCCUGUGCAAUUCCAUGUCCGAAUUUUCGAGGCAGUGCGCUCAUGCUGGUGGCAAACCUGGCAACUGGAGGACAAAUGGAUUCUGUGAAAAGACAUGCCCAUUUAAUAUGAUCUAUGAGGAGUGUGGUACUCCAUGUACAGACACAUGUUUAAACCCUGACAGGAGUCAGAUGUGUGAGGAACACUGCAUUGAUGGCUGCUUCUGUCCACCUGGAACUGUUUUUGAUGAUAUUUCCAACAAGGGAUGCAUCCCAGUUGAACAGUGUUCCUGUAUCUAUAAUGGUCUCGCUUUUGAUUCUGGAGAACAAUAUUCCACCAAGUGCAGCAACUGCAUUUGCACAGGAGGCCAGUGGUCUUGUACUGAUCUAUCAUGCCCUGGGACUUGUUCCAUCGAGGGAGGUUCUCACUUUGAUACAUUUGAUGGGAGUCACUACACAUUCCAUGGAAGAUGCUACUAUGUGCUUUCUAAGGAUUGUGAGAACAGCAUGUUUACUAUCCUUGGGGAGCUGCAGCCAUGUGGCAUCACGGAAUCCGAGACAUGCUUAAAGGCAGUAACGCUCACUGUCCAAGGAGCUCACACUAUCAUCGUUGUUAAACCCAACGGCAAUGUCUUUCUCAAUGGAAUGUUAGCCCAGUUACCAUUUACCAGAGAUAAUGUCACAGUAUUCAGACCCUCCAACUUCUACAUCAUCCUCCAGGCAAACUUUGGGCUGCAGCUCCAGGUACAGCUGGUACCUCUGAUGCAACUCUACACAAUUCUAGAUCCAUCCUUUGAGAGCCGGAUGUGUGGUCUUUGUGGAAACUUCAACAAUGUUCUAAAUGAUGACUUUAAAGCAGUCAGUGGCCUCGUAGAAGGGACAGCUUCUGCUUUUGCAAACACAUGGAAGACCAAAGCCAGCUGUCCAGACAAACAGGAUGUGCACGAGAAUCCUUGUUCGCUCAGUGUUGAAAAUGAAAAGUAUGCAAAGCAUUGGUGCUCACUGCUUCUUGAUAGUGACUCCCCAUUUGCUGUGUGCCAUUCGUUGAUCAGUCCCGAUCGCCACUUUGAGCAAUGUAUGUACGACAGCUGUAAUUGUGAGAAGAGUGAGGAUUGCAUGUGCGCUGCCCUCUCCUCAUAUGUUUGGGCUUGUGCAGCAAAAGGAAUCACCAUUUCCAACUGGAGAACAAAUGUGUGCUCCAAAUACUCCAACUGCCCCAAGACGCUAGUCUACAGCUAUGACAUGAAGCCCUGCCACCGCACAUGUUGGUCCCUCAGUGUUCCAGAUAGCACAUGUACAAUUGAUUUUGUGCCUGUGGACGGCUGUGGUUGUGCUGAAGGAACGUAUAUGGAUGACACCGGUAUAUGCGUGCCACCCGCCAGCUGCCAAUGUUACCACCAAGGGACAACCAUACCCCCUGGAGAGGUCAUUCAUGAGGACGAUGCCAUAUGUACCUGCAAUCACGGAAAGUUAGAGUGUAUUGGUAAUGAGGAACCAUCUCAAGACUGUGCUGAUCCCAUGGUGUACUUUGAUUGCAACAAUGCUUCAGCUGACAGCAUUGACGAGUGUCAGAAGAGUUGCCAGACCCUAGACAUGGAGUGUUAUGCCACGGGCUGCGUCUCUGGGUGUGUAUGCCCUAAAGGAUUAGUGUCAGAUGGAAGCAGUGGCUGUAUUGCUGUAAAUCAGUGUCCUUGUGUCCAUAAUGGUGUCCAUUAUCAAUCUGGGGACAGUAUACAAGUGGAUUGCAACACAUGUGAAUGCAACGACAGACAGUGGCAGUGCACCACCAAUUCAUGCCAUGGAACCUGUGGUAUCUAUGGAGAUGGGCAUUACAUCACGUUUGAUGGCCGGCGCUAUAAUUUUAAUGGAGAUUGCGAAUAUACUGUUGCCCAGGAUCACUGUGGCAAGAAUCCUUCCAAUGGAACCUUCCGAGUGAUUACUGAAAACAUCCCUUGUGGGACAACUGGAACAACAUGCUCCAAAGCAAUCAAGAUCUUCUUAGGGAACACUGAACUGAAACUCUCAGAAGGAAAGUAUGAGGUGGUGACAUUUGAUGAUGAAACACAUAUACCAUAUAAAGUGCGUCAUCUUGGCAUUUACCUUGUUAUUGAAGCUGAGAAUGGAUUGGUAUUAGUAUGGGACAAGAAAACAAGUCUGACUGUCAAACUCAAGCCUUCCUUUAAGGGUAACAUCUGUGGAAUGUGUGGCAAUUUUGAUGGCAAUGUUUAUAACGAUUUCACCACAAGAAGCCAGCUAGUGGUUGCAAAUGUGCAGGAAUUUGGAAACAGCUGGAAGGUGUCCCCCAGUUGCCCGGAUGUAAAGAAAAUCACAGAGCCAUGUUCUGCUAAUACCCAUCGCGCAGCAUGGGCUCAGAGGCAGUGCAGUAUCAUCCAAAGCCAGGCUUUCCGACCUUGCCAUGCUCAGGUCAACCCAACGCCUUACUAUGAUGCGUGUGUGCGUGACGCAUGUGCCUGUGACACUGGAGGAGAUUGUGAGUGUUUCUGCACUGCUGUAGCUGCCUAUUCUUCAGCUUGCAGUAUGGUUGGGGUGUGUGUUUCCUGGAGGACCCCUGACAUUUGCCCUCUGUUUUGUGACUACUAUAAUCCUGAAGAUGAAUGUAAAUGGCACUAUGCACCUUGUGGGGUUCCCUGUGUCAAAACUUGCCAAAACCCUGGUGGAGCAUGUUCCAAAAUCAUUCCCAAACUUGAAGGCUGCUACCCAGACUGCCCCAGUGAUAAGCCAUUACUGGAUGAGGAAGGAAUGAAGUGUGUUACAAUGGAACAAUGCUCAUGUUAUAUCAAUGGAAAACACUAUGAACCAGGACAGAUUGUUCCUACAACUCAGAACUGUCAAUCAUGCACAUGUGUCAACAACGAUAUAGAAUGCAGCUACAACAAAGAUGAGUGCACCUGUGUUUACGACGACAAAACCUUCCAUGUAGGUGACAUAAUCUACCAUACAACAGAUGGUAUUGGAGGGUGCAUCAAAGCAACUUGUGCUGUGAAUGGAACAAUAAACAGAGAAGUCUACCCUUGUACUCCAAUCCCUUCCACAGUGCCCAGUACAACACUGAUUUUUGAAAUCUCAUCAGCUACUACAAUCACACAGACGGAGGUCAAAACAGUGACUCCAACCACCACAUCAACAGCGACACCAACCACCACAUCAACAGCGACUCCAACCACCACAUCAACAGCUGCUCCAACCGCCACAUCAACAGCGACACCAACCACCACAUCAACACAUGCGCCAACCACAACAAAAUGUCAGCCCGAAUGUACAUGGACACAUUGGUUGGAUGCAACUCAGCCACAGAUCGGUGAAGCAGGUGGUGAUUUUGAAACCUAUGAGAAUAUCAGAAUGGAAUAUGAUUUAUGUAUGAACCCCAGUGAUAUCAAGUGCAGAGCACAAAAAACUCCAGACAUUGCAUUCGAUGAUCUUCAACAGAAUGUGCAGUGCAAUGUUUCCUUUGGACUGAAAUGUUACAAUAGGGACCAGAUUGGGGAUAGUCCACUUUGUGAUAAUUAUCAGAUAAGCGUUCUAUGCUGCUCAUUGGACUGUUCAACAACAGCGACUCCAACCACCACAUCAACAGUUGCUCCAACCACCACAUCAACAGCUGCUCCAACCACCAUAUCAACAGCGACUCCAACCAUCACAUCAACAGUGACUCCAACCACCACAUCAACAGCUGCUCCAACCACGACAUCAACAGUGACUCCAACCACCACAUCAACAGCGACUCCAACAACCACAUCAACAGCGACUUCAACCACCACAUCAACAGUGACUCCAAGCAUCACAUCAACAGCGACUCCAACCACCACAUCAACAGCGACUCCAACAACCACAUCAACAGCUGCUUCAACCAUCACAUCAACAGCUGUUCCAACAACCACAUCAACAGCGACUUCAACCACCACAUCAACAGUGACUCCAAGCAUCACAUCAACAGCGACUCCAACCACCACAUCAACAGCAGCUCCAACCACCACAUCAACCUCAACAUCCAGUGUCUCUAUUACCACAACCUCAACAACUGAAAUCGUAACUGCAAUAACCACAUUGUAUUCCACUGAAAUUACUGCCUGUCAGAAGAAGGUGUGCAAAUGGUCUGACUGGUAUGAUGUCAGCUACCCUAAAUAUGGAUCAGAUCAGGGAGAUUUUGAAACCUAUGAAAAUAUUAGAAGGAAGGGAUACCCUGUUUGUUUGAAGCCAGAGGACAUUAAAUGCAGAGCAACAGGUUAUGAAGAUUUGAACUUGGAGGAUUUGGGUCAAAUUGUGGUUUGCAACAAAUCUAUUGGACUUGUUUGCAGAAAUGAUGACCAAUUUCCACCAAUCUGCAAAAACUAUGAAAUAAGCAUUUACUGUUGCCAUUACGAACCCUGUGCUAACAUAUCACCAUCCACAACCUCACCAACCACCACAUCAACAGUGAAUCCAACCACCACAUCAACAGCAACUCCAACCACCACAUCAACAGCGACUCCAACCACGACAUCAACAGUUGCUCCAACCACCACAUCAACAGUGAAUCCAACCACCACAUCAACAGCUGCUCCAAACACCACAUCAACAGCGACACCAACCACCACAUCAACAGCUGCACCAACAACCACAUCAACAGCGACACCAACCACCACAUCAACAGCGACUCCAACCACCACAUCAACAUCGAAUCCAACCACCACAUCAACAGCGACUCCAACCACCACAUCAACAGCGACUCCAACCACCACAUCAACUGCGAUUACAACCACCACAUCAACAGCGACUCCAACCACCACAUCAACAGCUGCUCCAACAACCACAUCAACAGCGACACCAACCACCACAUCAUCAGCGACUCCAACCACCACAUCAACAGCAACUCCAACCACCACAUCAACAGCGACUCCAACCACCACAUCAACACAUGCACCAACCACUACAAAAUGUCAGCCCGAAUGUGCAUGGACACAUUGGUUGGAUGCAACUCAGCCACAGAUCGGUGAAGCAGGCGGUGAUUUUGAAACCUAUGAGAAUAUCAGAAUAGAAUAUGAUUUAUGUAUGAACCCCAGUGAUAUCAAGUGCAGAGCACAAAAAACUCCAGACAUUGCAUUCGAUGAUCUUCAACAGAAUGUGCAGUGCAAUGUUUCCUUUGGACUGAAAUGCUACAAUAGGGACCAGUUUGGGGAUAGUCCACUUUGUGAUAAUUAUCAGAUAAGCGUUCUAUGCUGCUCAUUGGACUGUUCAACAACAACGACUCCAACCACCACAUCAACAGCUGCUCCAACCACCACAACAACAGCGACUCCAACCACCCCAUCAACAACGGCUCCAACCACCACAUCAAAAGCAGCUCCAACCACCAGAUCAACAGCGGCUCCAACAACCACAUCAAUAGCGACUCCAACCACCACAUCAACAGCGACUCCAACCACAUCAACAGCUGCUCCAACCACCACAACAACAGCGACUCCAACCACCCCAUCAACAACGGCUCCAACCACCACAUCAAAAGCAGCUCCAACCACCAGAUCAACAGCGGCUCCAACAACCACAUCAAUAGCGACUCCAACCACCACAUCAACAGCGACUCCAACCACAUCAACAGCAGCUCCAACCACCACAUCAACCUCAACAUCCAGUGUCUCUACUACCACAACCUCAACAAUUGAAAUCGUGACUACAAUAACCACAUUGUAUUCAAGUGAAAUUACUGCCUGUCAGAGGAAGGUGUGCAAAUGGUCUGACUGGUAUGAUGUCAGCUACCCUAAAUAUGGAUCAGAUCAGGGAGAUUUUGAAACCUAUGAAAAUAUUAGAAUGAAGGGAUACCCUGUUUGUUUGAAGCCAGAUGAUAUUAAAUGCAGAGCAAUAGGUUAUGAAGAUUUGAACUUGGAGGAUUUGGGUCAAAUUGUGGUUUGCAACAAAUCUAUUGGACUUGUUUGCAGAAAUGAUGACCAAUUUCCACCAAUCUGCAAAAACUAUGAAAUUAGCAUUUACUGUUGCUAUUACGAACCUUGUGCUAACACAUCACCAUCCACAACCUCACCAACCACCACAUCAACAUCGACUCCAACCACCACAUCAACAGUGACUCCAACCACCACAUCAACAGCUGCUCCAACCACCACAUCAACAGCUGCUCCAACCACCACAUCAACAGUGACUCCAACCACCACAUCAACAGCUGCUUCAACCACCACAUCAACAGCAGCUCCAACCACCACAUCAACAGCGACUCCAACCACAACAUCAAAAGCGACUCCAACCACCACAUCAACAAUUGCUCCAACCACCACAUCAACAGCGACUCCAACCACCACAUCAACAGCUGCUCCAACCACCACAUCAACAGCUGCUCCAACCACUACAUCAACAGCUGCUCCGACCACCACAUCAACAGCGGGUCCAACAACCACAUCAACAGCUGCUUCAACCACCACAUCAACAGCGACUCCAACCACCACAUCAACAGCAACUCCAACCACCACAUCAACAGCUGCUCCAACCACCACAUCAACAGCAACGCCAGCCACUACAAAAUGUCAGCCCGAAUGUACAUGGACACAUUGGUUGGAUGCAACUCAGCCACAGAUCGGUGAAGCAGGUGGUGAUUUUGAAACCUAUGAGAAUAUCAGAAUGGAAUAUGAUUUAUGUAUGAACCCCAGUGAUAUCAAGUGCAGAGCAGAAAAAACUCCAGACAUUGCAUUCGAUGAUCUUCAACAGAAUGUGCAGUGCAAUGUUUCCUUUGGACUGAAAUGCUACAAUAGGGACCAGAUUGCGGAUAGUCCACUUUGUGAUAAUUAUCAGAUAAGCGUUCUAUGCUGUUCAUUGGACUGUUCAACAACAGCGGCUCCAACCACCACAUCAACAGCUGCUUCAACCACCACAUCAACAGCAGCUCCAACCACCACAUCAACAGCGACUCCAACCACCACAUCAACAGCGACUCCAACCACCACAUCAACAGCGACUCCAACCACCACAUCAAAAGCGACUCCAAGCACCACAUCAACAAUUGCUCCAACCACCACAUCAACAGCGACUCCAACCACCACAUCAGCAGCUGCUCCAACCACCACAUCAACAGCGACUCCAACCACCACAUCAACAGCUGCUCCAACCACUACAUCAACAGCUGCUCCGACCACCACAUCAACAGCGACUCCAACCACCACAUCAACAGCAACUCCAACCACCACAUCAACAGCUGCUCCAACCACCACAUCAACAGUGACUCCAACCACCACAUUGAGCUCAUUGGACUGUUCAACAACAGCGGCUCCAACUACCACAUCAACAGCAGCUCCAACCACCACAUCAACAGCGAUUACAACCACCACAUCAACAGCGACUCCAACCACCACAUCAACAGCUGCUCCAACCACCACAUCAACAGCAGCUCCAACCACCACAUCAACAGCGACUCCAACUACCACAUCAACAGCGACUCCAACCACCACAUCAACAGCGACUCCAACCACCACAUCAACAGCGACUCCAACCACCACAUCAACAAUUGCUCCAACCACCACAUCAACAGCGACUCCAACCACCACAUCAACAGCUGCUCCAACCACCACAUCAACAGCGACUCCAACCACCACAUCAACAGCUGCUCCAACCACCACAUCAACAGCGGCUCCAACCACCACAUUAACGGAUGCUCCAACCACCACUUCAACAGCUGCUCCAACCACCACAUCAACAGCGACUCCAACCACCACAUCAACAGCGACUCCAACUGCCAAAUUGAUUACAGAAUGUCAGCACACAUGUACAUGGACACACUGGUUGGAUACGACUAAGCCACAGAUUGGUGAAGCAGGUGGUGAUUUUGAAACCUAUGAGAAUAUCAGAAUGGAAUAUGAUUUAUGUAUGAACCCCAGUGAUAUCAAGUGCAGAGCACAAAAAACUCCAGACAUUGCAUUCGAUGAUCUUCAACAGAAUGUGCAGUGCAAUGUUUCCUUCGGACUGAAAUGCUACAAUAGGGACCAGAUUGGGGAUAGACCACUUUGUGAUAAUUAUCAGAUAAGCGUUCUCUGCUGUUCAUUGGACUGUUCAACAACAGCCGCUCCAACCACCACAUCAACAGCGACUCCAACCACCACAUCAACAGCGAUUACAACCACCACAUCAACAGCGACUCCAACCACCACAUCAACAGCUGCUCCAACCACCACAUCAACAGCGGCUCCAACCACCACAUCAACAGCGACUCCAACUACCACAUCAACAGCGACUCCAACCACCACAUCAACAGCGACUCCAACCACCACAUCAACAGCGACUCCAACCACCACAUCAACAAUUGCUCCAACCACCACAUCAACAGCGACUCCAACCACCACAUCAACAGCUGCUCCAACCACCACAUCAACAGCGACUCCAACCACCACAUCAACAGCUGCUCCAACCACCACAUCAACAGCGGCUCCAACCACCACAUUAACGGAUGCUCCAACCACCACUUCAACAGCUGCUCCAACCACCACAUCAACAGCGACUCCAACCACCACAUCAACAGCGACUCCAACUGCCAAAUUGAUUACAGAAUGUCAGCACACAUGUACAUGGACACACUGGUUGGAUACGACUAAGCCACAGAUUGGUGAAGCAGGUGGUGAUUUUGAAACCUAUGAGAAUAUCAGAAUGGAAUAUGAUUUAUGUAUGAACCCCAGUGAUAUCAAGUGCAGAGCACAAAAAACUCCAGACAUUGCAUUCGAUGAUCUUCAACAGAAUGUGCAGUGCAAUGUUUCCUUCGGACUGAAAUGCUACAAUAGGGACCAGAUUGGGGAUAGACCACUUUGUGAUAAUUAUCAGAUAAGCGUUCUCUGCUGUUCAUUGGACUGUUCAACAACAGCCGCUCCAACCACCACAUCAACAGCGACUCCAACCACAACAUCAAAAGCGACUCCAACCACCACAUCAACAGCGACUCCAACCACCACAUCAACAGCUGCUCCAACCACUACAUCAACAGCUGCUCCGACCACCACAUCAACAGCGGGUCCAACAACCACAUCAACAGCUGCUUCAACCACCACAUCAACAGCGACUCCAACCACCACAUCAACAGCUGCUCCAACCACCACAUCAGCAGCUGCUCCAACCACCACAUCAAGAGUGACUCCAACCAUCACAUCAACAACGAUUCCAACCACCACAUCAACAGCGACUCCAACCAUCACAUCAACAGCUGCUCCAACCACCGCAUCAACAGCGACUCCAACCACCACAUUGAUUACACAAUGUCAGCCCGAAUGUGCAUGGACACAUUGGUUGGAUGCAACUCAGCCACAAAUUGGUGAAGCAGGUGGUGAUUUUGAAACCUAUGAGAAAAUCCGAAUGGAAUAUGAUUUAUGUAUGAACCCCAGUGAUAUCAAGUGCAGAGCAGAAAAAACUCCAGACAUUGCAUUCGAUGAUCUUCAACAGAAUGUGCAGUGCAAUGUUUCCUUUGGACUGAAAUGCUACAAUAGGGACCAGAUUGCAGAUAUUCCACUUUGUGAUAAUUAUCAGAUAAGCGUUCUCUGCUGCUCAUUGCACUGUUCAACAACAGCGGCUCCAACCACCACAUCAACACCCGAAUGUGCAUGGACACAUUGGUUGGAUGCAACUCAGCCACAAAUUGGUGAAGCAGGUGGUGAUUUUGAAACCUAUGAGAAAAUCCGAAUGGAAUAUGAUUUAUGUAUGAACCCCAGUGAUAUCAAGUGCAGAGCAGAAAAAACUCCAGACAUUGCAUUCGAUGAUCUUCAACAGAAUGUGCAGUGCAAUGUUUCCUUUGGACUGAAAUGCUACAAUAGGGACCAGAUUGCAGAUAUUCCACUUUGUGAUAAUUAUCAGAUAAGCGUUCUCUGCUGCUCAUUGCACUGUUCAACAACAGCGGCUCCAAUCACCACAUCAACAGCUGCUUCAACCACCACAUCAACAGCGACUCCAACCACCACAUCAACAGCGACUCCGACCACCACAUCAACAGCGACUCCAACCACCACAUCAACAGCUGCUCCAACCACUACAUCAACAGCUGCUCCGACCAUCACAUCAACAGCUGCUCCAACCACCACAUCAACAGUGACUCCAUCCACCACAGCUGCUUCAACCAACAUACCAACUACAAAUGCAAACACCACCUUGUCUCCUUCUGCUAUUUUGAGCUCCACAAUAACCUGCUUCUGCAGUAUCAAUGGACAAAUUCUUAAACCUGGGGAGAUAAUAUACAAUUCCACGGAUAAAGCUGGCUGGUGUUUUUAUGCACUCUGCAAUGAGAAUUGUGAGAUUGAGAAGCAUGUAGGAAAAUGUGAAAGUACCGCAGUCCCCAUGCCAUCAGUAUCUGCCACAAGUUCUAGCACAACCAAUUCUAAAUCAACAGAAACAGACAUUACAUUGAAAUCAACCACAACAGAAUCUACAUCUACCCAAACUAUGACCACACAUCCAGCUUUGACCAAUUGUACAGCAGUAAACCCUCCGAGAAAACUAAAUGAAACCUGGAUGUUGAGUAAUUGCACAAUGGCAAUUUGUGAAGGGAACAACAUUAUUUCGGUGGUUCCGAUGACUUGUCCAAGUGUCCAACCAAUUACGUGUCAAAAUGGGCGACCACCCAAAAAAGUUUAUGACAAAUUCGACUGUUGCUAUCAUUAUGAGUGUGACUGUAUCUGUUCUGGAUGGGGAGAUCCUCAUUACCUCACUUUUGAUGGAACGUAUUACACAUUCCAAGGAAACUGUACUUACAUACUGGUGAAGCAGAUAACAGAAGUAAUCGAAAACUUCAAAAUUUAUUUAGAGAACUAUUUCUGUGAUGCUCAGGAAGGUCUAUCAUGUCCAAAGGCCAUCACAAUAUUCUACAAAUCCUCAGUAAUAACACUGACUCAAUCAAUCAUCAAAGGAAACAUCAAAACCAAGGUACUGCUCAACAACAAUGAGAUAGUGCAACCAUUUGAAGAGGACUUUCUCAGGAUCACCACCUCAAACAUUGCAGUAAAGGCAGAGAUUAUUGAUAUCAACGCUACCAUUAUUUUUGAUGGCAUGAGCUUUAUUGUGAUUCUUCCCUAUAAAAUAUUUGGAGAAAAUACUGAAGGACAAUGCGGUACCUGCACAAACGACAGGAAAGACGACUGCACAUUGCCUGAUGGAACCCAGGUGUCUUCAUGCUCUCAUGCAGCAGGCUUCUGGUACACUGAGGACAAAAGCAAGCCAUACUGUGAAGCACCAUCACCAACAGUAAUACCCCCUUCACAGCCAACCAAACAGACAACAACACCCAUAGAUUGUGAACCACUAGAUGUUUGCAAGAUCAUUUUAAGCGAUAUCUUCGCUGAGUGCCACAAUAUCAUUCCUCCAGGCCCCUUUCAUGAGGCAUGCAUCUUUGAUGGAUGCCGAAUGAAGAACACCACAGUGGAUUGUUCCAGUUUAGCAACCUAUGCACAAAUGUGUAAAUUGCAGGCUGGCAUUUGCGUGAACUGGCGAGAAAGUACAAAUGGGGAAUGCCCUUACACCUGUCCUGACACAAUGAUAUAUGAGCCCUGUGGACCAAAACAACAACUUACUUGCAGUUUAAGAUACACUGACAAGAGCACAUGGAGGGAUGAGAGCACAUUCACUGAAGGUUGUUUCUGCCCAGAUGGGAAAUUUCUUUUUGUGCAGUUAGACAUGUGUGUAGACGUCUGUGAAUGCAUAGGACCGGAUGGGAAGCCAAGACAGAUUGGUGAAACAUGGCAAAGUAAUUGUCAAGACUGUUUGUGUGAUAACACAACACUGAGUGUUGUCUGCCAACCCCACCAUUGCCAACCAGUUGCACCUGUUGAAUGCACAAGACCAGGUUUUGUGCCAGUUGUCCAAACAAGUGAACAGGACUCUUGUUGUGAAGAAACCGUGUGUGAAUGUAAAGUAAGCCAUUGUCCAUCUGAGAAAAUUAGUUGUGAUCCUGGAUUUGAACCAGUUACGUAUAUCCCUGAAGGAGAAUGUUGCUUAACUUACAACUGUGUGCCAAAGCAGGUGUGCGUGUACAAUGACACUGAGUACAAGCCAGGAGUCAUCCUUCCUCAGGAGGACCUGUGUCAUUACUGCAUGUGCACCAAGGAAACAGAUCCAUCCACCCAACUCAACCUCAUCCGGUGCAACAAAACUGAGUGUGAAGUCAUCUGCUCACCAGGUUUUCACUAUGAAAAGGUUGUAGGAGAAUGCUGUGGCAGCUGUGUCCAGAAAGACUGUGUAAUCGAGAUGUCAGACGAGCCAUCAAUAAUCCUUAAGCCUGGAGCUACCAUAGUAGACCCACAGGACAACUGUACCAGAUUUCAAUGUGUGAAAAUAGGACCUCAUUUUAUUCCAAAUAUCUACAAGCAGUGGUGCCCUGAGCUGGACGAGGACAACUGUGAGCCUGGUACACUAAGGUUCGACUCAUAUGGCUGUUGUCAAACAUGUGCCCCAAGGACCUGCGGCGUCUCAGAAAUCAGCACCUACAUCCAUCACAAGCAAUGUCAGUCUGAAAAGCAAGUCUCAAUGAAAUACUGCGGAGGACGCUGCAUGACCUAUUCCAUGUAUUCUGCUGAAGCUAAUGCAGUUUCCCACAACUGCUCAUGCUGCCAGGAGUUAGCCACCAGCAAGCAGGUUGUCACCUUACUUUGUCCAGAUGACACGACCAUGGAGUUCACCUACAUAUCUGUGACCGAGUGCGGAUGCAUAGCCACCCCCUGUGGGGAACCCAUGACGACAGAGGCAAAGAAAUUGCUGAGUCAAACGUCGGGAUAAGACAAGGAACAGCAUUAGACAAUGCAGAGGAAAGGAGUACACAGAAAAGGGAAUAGAUAUCAAAGCUUUAACUAGGAAAUAAUACUAGCAAUGCCAAGCACACUGCCUCUCUGUUUGCUUUGCUGAAACUGCGCACUGCCAUUUAUUUACUUUUCUUUCAAGCCAUCUGCCACUCUAGUCUAUCCUCUGCAGCACACAACUGCUUUGCAAACAUUACCCAGAGUUCACAUUAUGGCAACAACUGAUUUAAACCUCCACAUUACUAAUUUUACUGUGAAAUUUGAACCACUUCUUUGUACACAAUUGUAUAUAUACAGCACGUGAGAGACACUAAAAUCUCUGUUAGCAGGUUCUGCACUGAGGUGUUACUAAAUGUUGUGUAAAGAACUUUCUACAACAUGGAUGAGGUUCAGUUAACUUCACAGUGAACCUCACACUGAAUAAUAUUGGUGCUAACUACUUGCCACUGCAAUGAGGAAACUGCCUAAAAAGUAAUGUUAUAAUUCAACACAAUUCACUACUUCUCUUUGACAGUGCCUUCAGCUCCCCUCUCGACUCUCUACCCCCUCUUC